CUCAACUUCUAUAAGAUCUCUACUAAUAAGUUUAACAUUAUCUUCAAUUCAAACUCAGCUGCAUAGCUUUGUACAACAUGUCCGCUAUUCAGAAUGUUGCUAUAGUUGGGGCUGGCGGUCACAUCGGAGGCGCUUUCGCCAGAGCCCUGAUCCAGGCUGGCAACCAUGUGGUGACGGCAUUAUCUCGCUUUGAUAGUAAGAGUCAGCUGCCCAUGGGUGCCAAUAUCAUCAGGGUCAACUACGAGGACGUGCAGUCAAUUGCUGAGGCUUUAAAAGGGCAGCACUUCUUAGUAAUAACUCUGGCUGCUACAGCCCCAGAGGAGACUCAUGCCAAAAUCGUUAAGGCAGCGGCUGAGGCUGGUGUUCCAUAUGUCAUGCCCAACGCAUUCAGCUAUCCGAUAUACCAAGACAAUCUCUGCGAACAAGAUCUUUAUACGAGCAUUAUUAGAGGUGGCAUUGCAAACCGCGUAUCUGAUAUCCAAAGAAGCGGUGCAGCCUCUGUUGUCCUAUGCUGCGGUUUCUGGUAUGAGUGGACUUUGGCGAUGGGGGAGUCAUCAUUUGGGUUCUCCAUUAGGGACCGCAAAAUCACCUUCUUCGAUGAUGGCAAGCGUACCAUCACCGUUAGUACAUGGGAACAGUGUGGGCUCGCUUUAGUUAGCUUGCUAAGCCUUCCCGAGACUAUCACAUCCCCCUCACUUGCCGGCUACAAGAAUAGGAACGUCUUAAUCAGCAGCUUUAGUAUCUCGCAAAGGGACAUCCUAGACAGCCUACAUCGGGUUCUGGGCACCACCGACGACGACUGGGAUAUAAAGUAUGAAUCGUCAGCGCAGCGGGUUAAGGAAGGGGAAGAGGAAAUGAGAGAAGGAAGUCAGCGCGGCUUUAUAAAAUGGCUCUGUGCAAAUACAUUCUUGCCUGGUAAUAUCGCGAGUGAUUUUACCGACAAGGAGAUUGCAAAUAGUGUCCUAGGCCUGCCAGAGGAGGACUUGGACGACGCGACGAAACGAGUGGUGACUAGGCUUGAGAAUGGCUGGAGCCCAUUCGAAGAGCUUGGAAAGGGCGGCAGUUAAGGUUAUGCCCGAUAACCUGUGGCAGCAUUUGUCUGCCUGGUUCAGAUAGCUUAACUCUAUGUUUUCUCCUUAUCUAACUAUUCUAACCUUGUGAUACUUUCUUAAUACUACGUAC